AUGUUCUCGAGUUUUAGCUCGAGAAUUGGCAGAGUGCUUGACUGCCAUUCAAAUCAGACUAGAUUAGAGCCCGACUUCGAGUAUCCACCUCUUGGAAGAGAGAAGAUUUCUCGCGAGCUAACGUUUUGUGAACGAUCUGCAAAGUCGGCUGCCGCUCGUUGUGAGCAAGCAAUCCAAUCUAGAGCUAAUGGAGUUGUGGAGAUUGUCCAUGUUGCGGUCGAAUAUACUCUUCGUGAUGAAGUAGUAGGUCGGGUUCUUCAUGCUGCUAUCGGGGAUAAUACCCAAGUGACUCAUUUGAGACGAACUAUCUCGUUGAGGUCGAAUAGCGAACAAUGA